AUGGAGCUGGGCAAGGACACUGGAACAGACCUUUUCUCUUUGAUGGAAGAUAAAGAGGCUCUUGGUCAACUGAAGACCCCAAACAUUGCUUUUGAGAAUGAUGACCAUACCAUCUCAGUGCAAGUCCUGGAAUUUAAAACAAGUCUUCUGGAGGCAGUUGAGGAGUUACAUAUUCACAGGGAUGCUGAAACUCGAUAUGAGGAGCAGAUUUUUAAACUUGUGCUAGAGAAACAAGAGUUGGAAUGGCAAAAGGAGUCCUUACAAAGUCAGAUUUCUAGAAUGUCGAACGAGAGUUCAGAGUCACUUACUGCUGUUAAGAAACAGUUUCAGGCUCAAAUCAGAAGAAUUGAGGGAGAAAAGGGGAAAAACCAGCUGUCUGCUGAACUGAAAGACAAAGAGAUCACCAGCCUCAAGGAAGAACUUAAACUACUGCAGUUGCUCAGGUACAGUUUGGAGAAGAAAUUAAGCGAGCUGGAGCAAAAGUUGCAGCUGCAGACACAGACGAAAGACAGCCACCUGAAUCAGCUGGCAGAGGCAGAAAGACGAUUCGGCGCCAUCUCCCGACAAUGUGCCAUGGUAAAGCAGGCCCAUGAGAAACUCGAGCAAAAUGUUGAAGAGGCCAUGCAGAUUAAUAAAAAACUCACAUCCAUCAAUAAAAAACAAGAAUCUAUGAUUAAAGCCUUAAAAGAGGAUGUGGAGAGACUAAAUAAAGAGUUGGUCACGUCCAAAGUGUCAUCAGUCUGCAAACCUGGAGAGGAGCAUUUACAAAACAUUCUCAAAGAACAACAGCUUCAGCAACUGCAGCAGAAACUCCUUGUGGAAACAGAGCUUAACAAGAAACUGAGAAAUGAAUCUGACAAAGAGAGGGCUGAGAAGCAGGGGGUAUUGAGAUCCCUCCACCACACUCAGCGUUUGCUGCAGACACAGACAGAAGCUCUGAGCCGAGCAGACCUGGAGCUCCGUACACUCCAAGAGGGAUAUCUGGUCCUUAAAACAGAACAUGAAUUGAACCAAGAAAAGACUAAAGAAAAAGAGGACAGCUUUGCUCAGCUAAGAGACGUGUACCAAAAUUCUAAACUCGCUUGGGAAAAAGAGAUGCUGCAACAGCAAAAUACAAUGGAGGCAGAUCAGGUUGAGCUGAAAACUGUAAAAGAGGCUUAUAAUCAGCUCCAGGAAGAGAACAAACAGCUGUCUAUUUCUGCAGUUCAUAUAGCCAAAGAAGUUCAUAACUGUGAGGUUGACUUAAAUGAUCAAGAAAGCCAAAACCAAGAAAAUUCAGUAAGCACACCAGAAAGUGAAAUUAACCUUGUCAGUCUUCUUAAAGAUGUGUCUACAGAACUUGAGGAACGUCUGAUUAGUCCUCAUGAUAACUGUGAACCAUCAAGUCAUCCCGUUAAAGCCAUUCUAGAUGAAAACACUGCUGAGUGCCAGAAGGCCAUAAAAGCCUUCUGCUCUCAUGAUAGCAACAAGGAACUCAACGCUCCAAUGCAGGUAGAUGGAGCAGUAACUGAACAGUCACCGACAGAAGGAUCAGAUAUUUUGGAUUCAAAUGUGUCUGAUCUUAAGAUCUCGAGACCUGAGGAAUCCGAAGUGACACAGAUAGCUGUCUCACUGAGCUAUCAGGGCCUGAAACCAGGUCUGUUUAUGGGGUAG